GCGGUGGCGGUGGCGGUGGCGGUGGCUGUGGCGGUGGGAAGCCCGAGGCUGCUGCGGGGUGACAGAGUUGGAAAAUAUUUAACUCUCAACAAAUGAAUUCCACGCUUGAACUCAGCUGCAUUCCUGUGCCACCUCCUCCUUUAGAAAACUGAUCUAAGACAGAUAACAGAAGAUUAGAGAAAGAUGCUGGGGUCCGAGCGAGCUGUGGUGGAAGAGUGGCUGUCAGAGUUCAAGGCACUACCUGACACUCAGAUCACCAGUUACGCAGCGACUCUACACCGGAAGAAGCCCCUUGUCCCGGCGCUCUAUAAAGUCAUUCAGGACUCGAACAAUGAGCUCCUGGAGCCUGUCUGCCACCAGCUGUUUGAGCUCUAUCGUAGCUCAGAAGUCCGGCUCAAGAGGUUCACACUGCAGUUCCUGCCCGAGCUGAUGUGGGUUUAUUUGCGACUUACAGUUAGCAGAGACAGACAGAGUAAUGGCUGCAUUGAAGCUCUUCUCCUAGGAAUUUAUAAUUUGGAAAUUGCUGAUAAAGAUGGAAAUAAUAAAGUGCUGUCUUUCACCAUCCCCUCCUUGUCCAAGCCCUCGAUAUACCACGAACCCUCAACAAUUGGAUCCAUGGCUCUAACAGAAGGGGCGUUGUGUCAGCAUGAUCUCAUCAGGGUUGUUUACAGUGACCUUCAUCCUCAGAGAGAGACCUUCACUGCGCAGAACCGGUUCGAGGUCCUGAGCUUCCUCAUGCUGUGCUAUAACUCAGCGAUUGUGUAUAUGCCGGCCUCGUCCUACCAGUCCCUGUGUCAGAUGGGCUCCAGGGUUUGUGUGAGUGGGUUUCCUCGGCAGCACGAGAAGCAGUGGAAGGAAGUCUGCGGCCGGAUAGUGCUGGAUCCUGAGUUCAUGGUGCAGCUUCUCACAGGCGUGUACUAUGCCAUGUAUAAUGGACAGUGGGACCUUGGCCGGGAAGUACUUGAUGACAUCAUUUAUAGAGCCCAGCUAGAGCUCUUUUCUCAGCCACUCUUGGUCGCCAAUGCCAUGAAAAACUCCUUACCAUUUGAUGCACCUGAUUCUUCUCAAGAAGGUCAGAAAGUCCUCAAAGUGGAAGUCACUCCGACAGUGCCGAGGAUCUCUCGGACUGCGAUUACAACAGCUUCAAUCCGGCGUCAUCGGUGGAGAAGAGAAGAUGGCUUUGACUUCUCAAACGAGGCUGACUCGAGUAUUCCCGGCUCCCCGAUCCAACACGGCUCCACUGACCUAGGGAUCAUACGUGUGCGAGAGGGGGAGGUGCGCAGGACCCCUGAGCAUGGCUCGCCGGAGCCCACCUCGGCAGCAGCCACCACAGAGGGUGCUGAGGGUCUCAAUGGCGGAGAAGACUCUCUAAACGUGAACGAUGCAGACGAGGGCUUCUCAUCUGGGGCUUCCCUCAGCAGCCAGCCACAUGGGACCAAAGCGUCGUCCUCGUCUCAGAGGGGAGGAAGCUUACGGAAAGUAGCCACUGGGAGAUCCUCCAAAGAUAAGGAAACCGCGUCUGCUGGCAAAUCCAGUGAGAGCCCUCGCGAUUCAGUAGUUCGCAGGCAGUUUGUACAGCCAGCUGAUCUUAGUUUAGAUUCAGUGGAGCUGACGCCGAUGAAGAAACACCUGAGCCUGCCUGCCGGCCAGGUGGUGCCAAAAACCAAUAGCUUAAGUCUAAUUCGGACAGCCAGCGCCUCCUCGAGUAAAUCGUUUGACUAUGUAAACGGCAGUCAAGCCGGUACCAGCGUCGGGGUCGGCACUGAGGGGGUGACUAACCUGGCAGCCACAAAUGCCAAUCGAUACUCAGCCAUCAGCCUCCAGGAAGACCGGCUAGGGCAUGCUGGUGAAGGCAAAGAGCUCCUUAGCCCAGGAGCCCCCCUAACAAAGCAGUCUCGAUCCCCGAGUUUCAAUAUGCAGCUGAUAUCCCAGGUGUAGUUCUGAUGUCCCCCGUCCGCUUACCUUUCAAACUGAACAUUUCAUUGUGCAGGACCCAUCAUCCCACAUUGUGAUUUACUAGGCAUCUUCAUACUGUAUUUUGUAUGGAAACAGCAAUAAGGUUUUCUCUCCCCUUUCAUUUCCUCCACCUAUUCCUUGCAAAUGUGUUUGUGAAGCUGUGUAAGAUGUUUGCCUUUCGACGCCUUCCUUUCUCCUUGGGUAACGUGCAAUCCGUCGUAGGCUGAUUGAGACUGAGGAGGUGGUGGAGGAAAUGGUGUAUGAUCCCUAUGAAGUGAUCCUUCGGCUUUUGUUUAAAAACAAAACGGGUUUGUUCACAUAAUCUAUGGAACUAUGAAGAUAACUGGAUCAUAUUUUUUUUUUCUCUCUUAACCAGGAGUGCCUCAGAGAUUCUGCUAUGACUUCGGACUUCUCUGAGUCUGUGCAAUGUUAUAGUCUUGAGAAGCACGGGGAAGGUGGUAGACUACUGCGGUGUUUCAUUAAAACGAGGCUAGCCGCCCCCUUUCCUCAAUCCCAAGAUCAUAAACGUUUAGUUAUUGAGGCAUUUAGUCAGCUUGUGAACACCUCCACCGGAGGGGGGGCUCUGAGUUGACUGUGUAAUUAAUGAUGCACUUUCUCAAUGGCUCUGCAGUCAUCAACAACACGUCUUCCCUCUUCCCACAGGACUUAGGGACAUUUCUGCCCUUAAAGUGUGAACUAGCCAAUCAGAGACUCCAAGGGGCAUGUUCUAUUUCCUGGGAAUGAUUGACACUUUGGUGCUGGGGUUUCGUGGGGGGAAGGGUGCUUUGUUUGGUUUGCGUGAGAGUGUAUGUGAGGUGAGGUUGUAACUGUUUCCUGCUCUUCCUGUGUGAGCUGAUGAUGACUGAAGUAGGAACCGUGCGUCUUCAGGUAAAGAGGGGGAUUUCUCGGUCCACUUUCUGUGACGUCAGGCUGUCGGAGAAUCCCUUUCAGCUGCUUCCCAGAUGUACCUAAAUUCAGUCAGAUAGUGGAUGAUAAAGAAGCCUAAAGUCCUGAGAUCGUAUGCUCCGAGGACAUACACCAGGGACAGAUAACUGGUUGGAAACACUGAUUCUUCAAUGUGACACUUUUUUAUAGAACAUUUCUACCAGAGGGUACUGACUUGAUUUCUCCACGAGGACCACACUGCCUUUGUGUUUAAUGCAAUUUGUGUAUCUUCUGAUUAUCUGCAAAGUUUCUCGUUUUUAUAAAACUUUGAAAUCAUGCCAGUAAGCUCGAUGUUGAAUGUAUGUGAGUAGCAUUUGGGGACUGCUAAGAGCCUACAAGAAUGCAUUAUCGGUUCAGUUCUUUUGUGUGAUUUGGUUGGGAAAGACUUUCUUACAAUCUCUUCUGGGUCUCAGGCUUUGUUUGAAAAAGAAGGGAAUGUACUGGGAUUUUGAAAAUCAGUAUUGUGUCUUCAACUGCUGUCCAUCUCAAAACCAUGAGUUACACAUACCCUUGUACAUGUAGACAUUUUAUGUGUCGUUGUGAAAGAAAAAUAUACUGCCUUUAUUGAAAGCAAGUGUUCUCUUAAUUGACAGAGUUGUUUUAUCUCCGUUUACGGUAGAAUUUGAUAAAUUAACCAGGAAAACGCCUCUCUUUUUUUCUGCACCACGACUUUUGGAAGAGUCGUCUGUCUGUGUGUCUGUUAGACUAUCCCUGAUUGGAUCUGAUGGUCUACAAAAUGGAAAACUAGAGCCUCAGUGGUUAUUCACAUCAUUGCCAUGAUUUAUUGUUUUUUUACGAUACGAUAUGAUGUGAUACGAUACGAUAUGAUAUGCAGCUAUCACAGACACAUUUCAGUCCUGCUUCUACUCAUUUCACUGAUGUUGUAUAAACUAGAAAAUUAUAAAGCAGUGGAAACUGGAGAAGUAAACUUUUCCUAACAUGCUUAACAGACGAGGUUUCUAGUGCAUGAAGGAUGGUGUCCUUCACGGUCGGCAGCACACGUGUAGACGGUGUCCUUCGCGGUCGGCAGCACGCGUGUAAACGGUGUCCUUCGCGGUCGGCAGCACACGUGUGGAAGGUGUCGGCCACCGUAUGGCAGGACGCGUGUGGAAGGUUUCGAAGGUGUCGGUCACGGUAUGGCAGCACGCGUGUGGAAGGCGUCGGCCACCGUACGGCAGCACGCGUGUGGACGGUGUCCUUCAUGGUACGGCAGCACGCGUGUGGAAGGUGUCGGUCACGGUACGGCAGCACGCGUGUGGAAGGUGUCGGCCACGGUACGGCAGCACGCGUGUGGACAGUGUCCUUCGCGGAUGGCAGCACGCGUGUGGACGGUGUCCUUCGUGGUCGGCAGCACGCGUGUGGAAGGUGUCCACGGAUGACAGCACGCGUGUGGAAGGUGUUUGCGGAUGGCAGCACACACCUGGUUAUGUAAGAGGUUGGUGGGCCCAAGUGCACAUAUGUUGGCAUCUAAAUCAAGCAUUUUAAUUAAAGCACAAAAGAAUACCAAAAAAGUUGAAAUCAUAGCAUAAACUGUAGUAAAUACAAGAAAAUGUCUUUUAAUUAGAAAUAUUAUAACUGUAAUGUUGGUUUUAAGAUAUUUUCCAAGUGUGUGAUGGCACAUGCUCUUAGUCCCAGCCCUCUGAGUUCAAGGUCACCCUGGUCUAUAGAGUGAGUUCCAGGACAGCCAGGGCUACACAGAGAAAACCCUGUCUUGCAAAACCAAAAGGAAAAAAAAAGUUCAUCUUAUGAGACUUUCAUUUAUUGCUAUGUAUAUUUUACAUAUACAUAUAUGUGACCCUGUAACAUUUGAAUCCUGUCCUUUGAGCUGUGAUUUGGUCUCAGUAAAGAAAUCCUCAUUUACACUUUAUAGCCAUGGUCUUAGGUAAUAGUUCAAAUGAAAUAAGUUUUCUAAGACUCUUUAUAACUGCUGUGCUUUCAGCAUCUGACUUAAAUGGUUUUUGUUCAGUUAUCCAGCACCCGUUACACGUCAACCAGAAGUGCCCAUUCUUUAUCUUUAACAACCUCCCUUUGCUGCUUCCCGACUUCCGUGAAGCUUCGUCCCACUAAGAGAAAAAACGGUCGGAGCCAUCUGCGCCAGGUCAGAUUACAGAGUUGAGCACCUGAAGGUUUGGGAGUUCUUCUGUGUGACUUUACAUUAAUGUUACUAAUAAGAAAACUAAAAUGUACAGCAGAAAGGUAGCGUAGAAGUAAGGCUUUAAAAUAUGAAAAUAUAUUAAGAAGCCAGGGAGGUAAUAGCUGUCCUCUAAAGUCUUGUUCCUUUACUAACACCCUCCGGGUUUCCAGGUUGCUGUUCGGUGCCUUCUAGUGCAGAUCAGAAUUGCUGUGUUAGGAGAAACCCAGGGGAUGACCUAGCUGCUCUCUCUGCCAUACACACACCUUCACCGUCAGGAAACUGAGGCACACAGAGGCUGUGAAGUAAGGUCCAUACUCAAACCUUGUCCCUGGUCAGCAGCAUAGCCACACCCCGAUGCCUCUUGUUACCCAUGCUUGGUAAAUGUCUAUGCGCAUACUUUUCCGUUUCUGCAAUUCCUCAGUUUCUGGUCUAGCAGUUGGUGAACACAUUAAGGAAAGUAUUAAUUCCAGAAAAAAAAAUGUAAAAUAACAUAGAUGGGGAUGUAGUGCUCAAACGUAGACACCUGUGCAGCACGUCAUUCUCUUCUGAUUUAUGCCUUAUGAGUUCUCUGCCACACAGCAGUAACACGCUGCCAUGUUAUUUGUAUUUGUGGGGAUUUGUUUGUUAUAAAAUAAACCCAACGGAAUGACAUUGAUCAGUGUUGUAAGGGUUUGAAAGUGAGUUUGAAUCAGCCCAUUUUCAGUCACCAAGGACACACUCUGGAGGGAAGCAAAGUAAAGAGAAACUCGAUCCCAUUCAGUCCUAAGCCGGAGAGACGCUGUUCCUUACUGUGCUUAUGAUUCCGUGAGAUGUGGCCUCUGUCACUAAUAACAUAAACUGUAUGAGAGCAGCCUGUGUAACCUCAGUGUCUGCAACCUGAAGUCUAAGUUCCGUUCAGUAACUUUAAGCUUCCUGGAUUUAUCAGACGCCAGGAUACUGAGGAAAACUUCUCCAGGUUGCUUUUGUUUGCACUGUUUCCGUGAGCACCCUAAUGAUGCAGUGGUGUGUCUUCCCCACCUUGUUUCAUGCGGUUUCUUUGGUCCAUUUUUGAGGACUUCAGUUGUCGAUAACCCACGGUCUCAUCUAAUUCAUGGCAUGUUUAUAAAUAAAAAUACCAGUUUUUGUUUUUAUGGGUAGGGUAGCACACUGUAAAACACUGAGAAGGAGGACCACUCCAUUUCUCAACUUGGAUUAUAUUAUAAAGGGGUUUCUUAACCAAAAAGCUUCCAUUUAAAAAGAAUAGGAUGUCAUACUGGUGACUAGAAACUGCACAGGACUCUCCGAGCGGCUUUUCUGCACUGGGGUUAUACAUUGCCGUUGGAGCAAGAGGCUCUUCUCUUUUGAGCUGAAUGCCCACUGUUGUUCCAUUACCAAGUUGGGUGAGACACUUAUUGAAAUAUUUUAAUUUUCUUAAAGUGGUUUGCAAGAAUAAGUGAUUUGAAAACCAGCAAUUGACAGCUUAACCUCUUAAAAAUAGAGUAUUUGCCAGAUUGAAUAAACAUGAAAUACAGUGUAAAAUAAUAUUAAUAAAAUCCUGAGUCAUCAGAUUGGUACAAUUUCCCAUGCUAAUGUGGUGAGACAACCUUUAGUAUCGUUUGUGCUGUGUGAAUCUAACAGGUAGCAUCACCCUGGUACUGAACUGCAAAGAACCUACUGGUCAUGGAGGAGGAACAGCCCCGCCUCCUUGUCUAACCCUGACCACACACCACAAAGUCUUGCUUCCUCCCCGCCCCCUCCCCCGGCAGUAUUUUUGUAACAUUAGACAUUUGUCCUAUGAGAAGUAUAUACAAGACCAAAUUCAGGAUACAGUUUCGCAGAAAUGAAGGAGGACUUGAAGUAACGGGCAGAAAUGAGAGUAACAGUUCAGAAAUGAGAGUUCCUAUGUGGGUUUUGCUUCUGAACGUGAAGAAGAUGGGUUCGUGAUAUUUACAGACUGAGGCAUACUCAUAUGUCUGAUAUCAUAUUACUACAUUUAAUAGGGUUUACCAAAAAAGUAGACUCAAGUGUAUCGUAAGGUAUAAAUGAGUCUGUUUUAAAAAUUGUACCUUGGGGGCUGGAGAGAUGGCUCAGAGGGUAAAAGUAUUGCCUGCUCUUCCAAAGAUCCUGAGUUCAAUUCCCAGCAUCCACAUGGUGGCCCACAACCAUCUGUAAUGAGGUCUGGUGCCCUUUUCUGGCCUGCAGGCAUACAUACAGACAGAAUAUUGUAUACAUAAUAAAUAGAUAAAUAUUUUUUAAAAAUUGUGUACCUGAAGGUAGGCUAAUAGAUCUUUGUAUGUACAGAGAGAACUGCACCUAAUUGGAUGAUCUGUCCCCAUCCACAGAGUGGCUAUGUGGCUUGCUGUAUUGGAGUGUAACAGUUCAGUGUUGGUUUUAUCAGGAGAUGUUUUUAUGUCUUCAUCAGUUACAAAAUUUACCAAAGAAAAUGCUACCAAAAUUAUUUUCAGAAUGUCUAUUAAGUAACGUAGCUCCCUUAAUGCAAUUGCUUUCUAACACCAAAGGGAACAAGUAAUACAUGAUUUGAACUGGUAGACACAAAUAUAGUAACAGACGUACAGGAUUGUGUUUAUCCUUACAUCAAUAAGAUGUCAGUGCUCCAAUAACAGUACCAAUUAGAGAAUAACUUGUAUUCCUUAUGACAUAUCAAAAUUAAGGAUGUGGCUUGUCAGUUUUAUUAUAGAUUGUUUAGGGGAAUUAUAGGGGAACUUACUGAAGGGUGCUCCUGAGUGGGCAGAGGCUUUUGUUUCUGGUGUUAUUAUUAGCUGAACUAAUGAUUGAUUCACAUUGAUUUUUGUACAUGUCUACUUUUUUCUUUGUAUUGAAAACAUAAUUGGCUUAAAGGAAGCUAAAACAUAUGUAAAAUACGUAGGCCAAAAAGAUCUAAAGGGUUUAAUCUGUGUAAUGAUUGCUUAAAUCAUGAAACACAGUUUUUUUGAAACUGCUAUUCCAAACAAGUCCUUUUAUUAUAGUUAAUAAAUAUUGGACAGGGCAUGGUGGCGCAGGCCAGAGGCAGAGGCAGACAGUCCUCUGUGAGUUCAAGGCCAGCCUGGUACUGGUGGUGAAUUCCAGAGUAGCCAGAGCUAGUAAUGAAAUCCUAUCUGAAUAAAAACAAACAAGAAUGUGUCGCUUCUCAGACGAGAAGAUUGGCUUUCAGAUAAUGACCUAUAAUGGUUUGGGUUUUUAAUUACAUUAUCUAAAUAGAAGCAAAGACAUGAAAGAUGCUCCAUGUGAUGUUAGCAAUGUUUGAAGUCAGUGUGUUUACAUUGUAGCAAUGUUUGAAGUCCGUGUUUACAUUGUAUCUUUAGGUUCUUCUAAAAUUAGGCAGGCUUUAUUAAAUUUUGUUUAAAAUUGGCUAAAAGAAACCAUCUUAGCAGUGCGAGGGUUUCAUUGCCUGGGUUGUAAGUAAUGUGACUUCUGUAACAGGCAAACAAAAUACCCUGCUUUUAUUAUUUGUUUCAUAAGAGGAUAUUUAGAUCAGCUUCUUGUUGUUGUUUUUAACUAACGUCAAUCUGUAGCUUUGUGUAAACUUCCCCAACAUUGGUGGGAUUCUGCUGCUGAAACUACUGGACAGACAUAUAAAAAGUAUGAUCAUCGUUCCUGACGAGUGUCCUUUCAACCUAGGACAAAAAAAAAUCUUUUUUUUUCCCCCAGAGCUGAAGAAAAAAAUAAAUGCACAUCUAAAAUCAUAUGUAUUGGUGCAUGUGAGCCAUUAUCCUGUCUGACCGGAUGGAUUCAUGCUGUUGGUUGUUGAACUGUGAAAUGUGGUCACUGUUGAACUUGUAAAUAUCGGCCAGAGAUGAAAGAAUAUUUUAAGUUAUUGUAAAUAAAGAUGUAAAAAAUUCAGUAUCAGUCUGCGGUGCAGAAAUGUAACAUCUCAGAUGUUAAAUAUUCUGUCUCUUGAGGGAUGUGUCCUGUCUCCCUUGAUGUAUCUAGCUACAUUGAGAAUGUAAAUUUUCUUUUGUACAGUGUAAAAAUACAGCUCUAUUUGGCUUUUAAGUGGA